CAGUCCGUUGACAAAAAAAUAAACGCUCAAGGGGCGCAUAAAGUGGAAAUCGUUAUUUUCCUGUACUGGUGUGUUGGAUCGACCUUGGCUUCUACUAAAGCCAACAUUAGACGAGGUUAAAUGAGUAACGUCCACUAACUAUGCUCCGCAGCCUAAUGCCAGUUAUUCAGCACCUGCUGGUGAUCCGACAGACCAUCUUUGCAUAUUGACCAGUAGACACUGCUUGCUGCGCUUUCUAGAAUCUUGAUAUCGCCAUUUGCGUGCAAUCAAAUUGUCAUCAGCUUAAUCGUAAUUACUCUAAGGAUUUUCAACGUCGCGUCAAAACAAGAGCCAAAAUCGACCUGGGAAAAGAGAAACGACCCAUCCAUAUGUGUUGACUGAAAAAGAAAAAUAUUUGGAGAAAUUCUGAGGACGUGCUCUUAUCUACCAUCUCUUGUCUCCAGAACUCUUAGAGUUCUUCCGCAAGGACCUCAUGAGCGGUCAGAUAUGCAAUGAAAUGAUCAUUAUUGUCUAUUGUACUGUGAUAUUGAAAAGGAAUUUCGAAUUAUGAUUGUUCAACAAAAAGGCGACGAUGCGAAAACAGAAUUGACGACUGCAUUCAAUGAGUGACAUUCAUUUAAAACCGUUAUUCAAAACAGCGAAGUGUUGCUCUACACUCGAAGUCUAGAACUAAUAUUGUCUCAUUUUAAUUUCUAUAACGACGAGACUAUUCGCAGGGAACGAUCGCACAGGGUUGAAGCCCUAUCCCAAGUGACUGAAAUCCAAACCGUCCACGCAUUGAAUAGUGAGUCUCACACUCGUGGUAAAAAGCAGACGUACCAAGUACUAGUGCUAGUGAACUUUGACACUGCAUUUAACUGAUUAUUCAAAGUUUCGAUACGGAAAACACAGCAAUGGCUGAGACACAGUUAGAUAACUUCACUCAAAAUUCAACUACAGAUCCUGGAAAACAGCCUUACAGCGUCUUGGAGACUUCUUUAGCAGCAGUGUGUCUGUGUUUGAUUAUAAUCCUUACAAUUCUUGGAAACACAACUAUCUGUUACGUGGUGUUUAAGAACAAGAGGUUAUGGACUGAGAUGAAUAUGUUUCUGGUGAAUUUAGCAGUUGGGGAUUUGGCAGUUGGCUUUUUAAGUAUGGUGUUUCCUUUGGUAACUUCCAUCAAGAGAGAAUGGAUUUUCAGUAACACAAUUUGUCAGCUAAACGCAGCCUGUAACUCGGUAUUAUUUUGUAGUACAAUAUUCACUCACACAGUAAUAAGCAUCGAUAGAUACUUUGCUAUCGUUCAUCCAAUGAAAAAGUUUAUGACAACUACGAAAGCCUUCUUAAUGAUUCUUGCAGUUUGGAUAUUUUCUGUGGUGAUUGUACUGGGUCCUUUCUUCGGCUGGGGUCAUCUGGAAUAUAAUCCCACUACUCUUCAGUGUGGCUACGGUUUUCCAAGAUCAAAACUGGAGUCUUUGUACAUGGUUCUCUUGGUCUUGAUAGCGUUCGUUAUCCCUCUAAUAACCAUGACUGUUCUAUACGUAAAGCUUUAUCGAUCUCUACGCGGCCAUACACGGAGAAUGUCCACAGCUACAAUUUCAGGGGCCCAACGACAGGCAGCGUUUAGAUCCCAAAUUCGAGUUGGUGUUACGUUUUUUAUGGCACUGUUAGCAUUUUUCAUUUGCUGGGGUCCGUUUUGCUCUUUUAUUGCUAUCGCAGCUGCGGUAAAAGUUAAAACUAGUAUCCCACAUGGAUUAGGACUUGCUGCAUACUGGUGUGGCUUUGUUAACUCUCUUUGUAAUCCUUUUAUUAUUGGGUUGAGGAACGAACAAUUUAAAGCAGCUUUCGUUAAAAUUUACUGCGGUUGCUGUCGAAAUGAUGCAUGUGAAAACUGCUACAAAGAACCACAUAUUGAUUAUGAUAGCGCUAGAAACACUAAAACAAGCAGUAGAACGACAGAUUCUGAAACAAAAGUGACAGACCUUACGAGAAGUAAUCGAUGCAGCAAUGCUACUAAUAUUACAAAUGACGCAAGGAUGAUUAGAGAAGCUCUGGAUAGAGAUGCUGUCGAACGGAAAAAAAUACGCGAUUACGACGAUGAAACUACUGCCCCAGUUCCAACUAGAAAGAGAAAGAGUGGAGUCGCUGCUGAUAGUCAACAACUCCAGUUCCAUGAGCCUUACAAACUGAAAUGCGUACAUAUUGUUGGAAAUUCUUCAUAUACAGAAUCUGGUGUUUGAACAGAAUAUUGACAGAAAGUAUUUAACUCGCGUGUCUUUGACUACCGCGAAAUACAAAUCCAUUAAAAAGACAUUAAAUAUUUGAACAGGGAAGUGUAGGCGUCUUAAAGCGUCUAGGGUUUUGCUGUACGAGUCUCUGUUUGUGAGCACACAUUAGGUAAAUGGAACUCAAGAAGAACGAGACUCGGAAAAGAGAAUAGUACGAAUUAAUAAUCUAAAAGAAAAUUAUUUUUGUAGUUCACGCAAGAUUAGGUAGUGCGUGACUCUAUCAUUCAAGACUUGCCAUGCCUCAUCGACUGACUGACUUGUAGAACGUCAAGUCAUAAUAAAUUAUGUGACCCAAAAACACAAACAUUCAAACAUAAAAUUAAAAACAAUUAUAGUUAACCUAAA